AUGUUCGCCUCAGAUGACUAUGGCAACCUUGCUAGGACCAGCUUUUGCAUCUCGAACACGGCUAAGCACGCUUCGUACCAGGGCAAGGAUACAAGCGGCGAUAAUAGCGCAUUCCAGAGUGAAGAUGUCCUCGCCAUGGGCGAACAUCACAUCGUCGUCGAAGUCGUUCUAAACCCUGCCACUGGUAACGAUCAGCGCGUUGAAGAGGAGGAGCUGCCGGAUUAUCGAGCUGAGCGAUUCUAUCCUGUUCGACUUGGUGAGGUUUUCCACAACCGCUACCAAAUAGUCGCGAAACUGGGCUUUGGUUCUUCAUCAACUACUUGGCUGGCUCGAGAUUUAAUAGCUCGUCAGUAUGUCGCGCUUAAGGUAUAUGUGCAUACUUCGUCGGUUCAUCGUGAAAUUCCAUUUUAUCACCAUAUUGCCAGCCGCAUCGCAGAUAGUUCACAUCGAGGGCGGAAUAACACCCGGAGAUUGUUAGACUCCUUCGAAGUCAAUGGUCCACACGGCAAGCACAUUAUUCUUGUCUUUGAAGCUGCACAAAUGAGCCUGCGUGACAUGAGAGUGGUGUUCAGGCGAGAUGGAUUCGACGAGGACUUUGUCAAGGGCGCCAUUAUCGAACUCCUCCAGGCCUCGGAUUUUCUUCAUUCAGAGCGAGAAGUUGGCCAUACUGAUAUACAUCCUGGUAACAUGCUUCUGGGCAUUUACGAUAACAACUUGUUGAAGAAUCUUGAGGAAAAGGAAUCCACAUCCCCAGUGCCUCGCAAGCCAGUGUCGUCCUCACGGACCAUCUAUCUCUCCCGCUUUAUGCGUCCUAAGGAAGGUCCAAUGCUGCUAUCUGACUUUGGCGAGGCCAGGAUUGGCCCAGGACCUCAUGGUGGUGAUAUAAUGCCUUUGGAAUACCGCGCCCCAGAAACAUUACUUUACGUGGGGUGGAGCUAUCCCGUGGAUAUUUGGAGUGUUGGCUUGACGGCAUGGGACCUCCUGGAGCCAAAGAGACUAUUUACAGCGCGGGACGAGGAUGGCGACCUUUAUGACGCUGCUCAUUUUGCCCAGCUGAUUGCUGCGUUAGGGCCGCCUCCCCCCAAAUUUCUCGCUAAAAACCCAAGCAGGAAAGCUGACUUUUGGGAUGCGCAAGGCAACUGGUUGGGCCUUGCUCCCAUUCCGGAAGGUCGGACAAUGGAAGCUCUCGAGACUCGGCUGGAAGAUAACUCAGGCUUCCUCCGGUUCAUCCGAAGAGCCCUAACUUGGAUGCCGGAGACAAGAGCCACGGCCAAGGAACUCUUGCAAGACACCUGGCUUACGGGCAAGAAGGCCUAG